UACUCUCAUAAAUUGCAUUUGUUUGAACAGUUGUAUUGCCUGUCACCUCUAGGAAUCGAAUUGGUUUACAUACUACCAGACCCCUAACAACAACCCCUUUUCAAAUCUAGGGCUGUUAAUGUCAAACCCAGAUUAGGAUUCUAAGAAUUUACCCCUUAAAUCAGUUUUAAAUGAUCUCUUAUGCCCUCUACUCAAGUGUUUUUUUGCUUGAUCUAGUUGGGUGUAAUCUGGAGAAAACAGUAGGUAUUAGUCCUAAAUUUACAUGGAUAGUUAUGUAAAAUGAACUUUGAAAUAGUUAUCUGUUUUAACUUGUAUUUAAAAUUCAAUGUACAUGUUAGGGAUCUUGAAUUAGGCUAAAAGCUGGUUUGAAUAAAAUGUACGAUUUAAAAUAAAAUCCAUGUAAACUGAAACUGCCUCCUUUUCUUCAGAGUGUUAAGGACAUAUACAACACAGGUUGAAUACCCAAUAUACUCCAGAUCUAACUCUUGCUCCCAAUCCAGUUUCCUUAUGUACUGUAACAAGCGCAAGUCCAAAAGUAAGGAGUCAGAAUCAGUUCUCAAUUAGUAGCACGUGGUCACCCACCAUUCAGAUAAGCCAAGUACUGUAUGCUUUUCCUGAAAACAGUUUGCUUCCAGGCUUUGGGCCUAUCCACAGAAUAGUAAGUGUGUCAAAGGUCCUCAUUAUAGAUGUGUACCUUAAGAAACUGUUUUAAUCUGAAGUGGGGACAACGCAUGUAUCCUCAAUUCGUACUGCAGACCUGUUCUAUUCAAAGCUGUAGUACAGUUCAGGGAUGUAGUUAAAACACAACUAGCUCUUGGCUGUCAAAACAAGAUAGCAUUUUUAGGGAAAUAACAGUUCUAAUGUACAUAAGAGACAAAUGUGUGCUUUCUGGCUCAAGGAAAAAAUAUUUUCUGUAGUUCUGAACUGUACAGUGGAGUCUUAUUGAUACAUGGGCAUAUUUAAAAUUAAAAGGGCGAGAGAAUGAAACUACUGACAAAAUUAAAUCAUUUGACCUUUGACCCGCCUCAUGACAGCAAGUGUUUACCAUUCAUAUCACCUGUUCUAUGAGGCUUGGUCUACACUGGGGGGGGAUCGAUCUAAGAUACGUCGACUUCAGCUACGCUAUUCUUGUAGCUGAAGUUCCGUAUCUUAGAUCGACUUAGAAUCACAUACUUUGCAUCCUUGUGGCGCGGGAUCAAUGGCCGCCGCUCCGCCGUUGACUCCGCUUCCGCCUCUUGCUGUGGAUUGAUGGCAGAGCAAUCAGGGAUCGAUUUAUCUCGUCUACACUAGACACGAUAAAUCGAUCCCCGAUAGAUUGAUCACUACCCACUGAUCUGGCGGGUAGUGUAGAUGUGGCCUGAGAGAACAAACCUUUUCUGAAGCAUAUAUCAUGUUGAAUUUUUGGUUAAAUUAUCUAGAAACAGUGGUUAGCUACCAGUAGGAGCAGAAUUGCUGCACUGUUAGAUUAAAAGGCUGGUAUGAUAAAACAUAAAUUAAAACGGUUUACUUCUGACAAAUUGUAUAUUAAAAUAAAAUUUUAAUUCUGCACUCUAGCUCAGAUCUUUAAUAUCAGCCUGCAUACUUAUGUUGAUCCCACGAUGAUGUGUGGGAAUUAUAGAAUAAUCAGUGAGUUAUGACGAUUUACAAGGAAAUGACUCAAUUUGAUGGAUUUAUUUCCUUAAACAUUAUUGGAUGCAACCUGUUAGAUGAUAUAUAAAUGUGAAAAUAAAAUUAAGGCAUCAGGAGUGGUCUUAAGAAGCAUUACUGUAUGGAAACAAGCAGGUACUAGUAAAACCAUUUUUAGUUAGACAAGAGAGGGUUAUUGGUGGUGAUGGGGGCAAUAUCUUGCCCUGAAUUCAACCAUUGUGGUAUUGUGUCUGAACUUGGAAAACCAGAAACAAGUUGACUUCAGUGAUGAUAUUUUAACACUGAUUAGAUAAUAUAAAAUGAGACGUUUGUAUUUUAUUUAAUGAAUUAAUUUUUGCCAACACAUUUAUAUAUCAAUAUAUGUUAGGAAUUUUCAGUGUUUUCUUUGACACCUCCCAGGGCACAUAUACAAAAUCUAAUUGAAAAAUCUGAUUUGUCAGAGAUGCCGAAUAAGUUUCCAUUGAGUUCAGUGGGAGUUGUGGUGCUCAGUUCCUCUGAAAACCAGGUCAGUGAUUGUAUAGGCAGAUUAGCUUUGAAGCACCAAAAGAAAAGGACUUUCUGAAGAAUAAAUAACAAGUGGCUGUGAGAAGUGGUGGGCCUUACAUGUGUUCCAAAGCACGAUUCUCUUGGUCUUUGUCAGACCAGUGGGGUAGCAUAUUCUAUUUCUUUAGGCUUUGUUUACCUUGGAUUUUCAGACAUUCGUAUAACUGCACUAGUGUAAAUCCCUAGCAUAGAUACUGUGUAUUGCUGGCACAGCUUACUCUGCAGUAAACUUUACUGGUGCUGAUCACACUGCUCUAGUGUAGCUGAAGCUUGGUCUGUGCUACCAACGUAUGUCGGUAUAAUUACGUUGCUCAAGGGUAUGGAAAAUCCACACCCCUGAGUGACUGUUAUACCGGCCUAACUCCUGUUCACUCUGGUACAGCUACACUGGUGGCUGAAAUCACAGUGUAAGCAAGGCCUUAAAAUGUUCUGCUACCAGCUGCCUCAUUUCCUAUCACCCUAGCUGGUGUUGGUACUGCUGCAUGGGGGAAGAGAGAGAAACUCUGUUCUCUACAAUCCAACAUAUCUAGAGCUUUAUACAUCAAAUUUAAUAACUUGAAUUACCACUGAAAGUACAUAAGCAAUACAGUUCCUUCAGAACAGAUGUACUAUGUUGAUGGUAUCUCACAGGUGUGCAUUUGAUUUUUGUUCCAGCUGUGGUGCCUAAGUGGUCUUCAAGGUAGCCAUGUGAAGUCUAUGGCAGUAACUGAGUCUAAAAGUCCAAAAACUCAAGAAUCACUGUGAAGAACUUCAAAUACAAACAAGAGCAUCUUAAUCAGUCAUAGGCAAAACACUGCUGCUGGCCAAUGACCCCAUGUGGUAGUGCAGGAGCUAUUGGGGUACAAGAGCACCCUCAGCUAGGGUGUGGUCUACACUUAAAAAUUUUGGUCGUAUAGCUAUGUCAGGAGUGUGAGAAAAUUCACAUCCCUAACCGACAUAGCUAUGCUGGCAAAGCCCUAAUGUAGACACAGUUAAAUCAUCAAAGUCCUUUUGCCAGUGUAGCUAUUUUAAUUGGGAGCUGGUAUAAGCUAUACCAGAAAAAGAACUCUUGUGAUAAAAGCUGUGUGUUCACUAGGAGCAUGUGCUGGUCUAGCUAUACCAGUAUAGCCUUUCUAGUGUAGAAAAGGCCUUGCAAACAAACAAUUGAUGUAGCAACUACUCAUGUUAUAGGCUCUAGAUAUUAUCCUCAACCUCCUGACAUCUUGUUUGUCAUGUCUGGAAGAAGCCUGUUGAUUCAUUUUUUUUCAAUUUCAGUAAUGCAGCUGGAGAGCCCAAAGACCAUACUAUACUGGUCAGAUGAAAAGGAUGUAUACAGUAUUUGAAAAGGAGCCUCUUUCCCUACUCUCUAUAAUGCUCAGUCCCAACUCUAUGGAAGUCCAGUGGCAGCACUUAAUUUAUAGUGGAUUCCUGUUUUAACUGCAAAACCCAACUCAACGUUGACUAUAAUAUUUUACUGUACUGCAUAUAGGGCUAGAUACUUGGUCUUGCUUGUGUCACUUUAAGCAGCCGGAGUGUCACAAAGUGGCCUUAAAGCUGUCCUAAAGGCGCAGCUGAGGAUUUCUCUGGCAGGGGAAAAAUCCUAGGCAGCUGAUAUAAAACCCCUCCUGGGAUGCUGUCAUGCUGGCAGAGGAGUGGUGGGGAAUUGUUCUGGGGUGGAGGGUUGUGCUGAACAGAUUUUGGGCCAGUGCAACAGUCUGUAGGGGGCUGUUCUAGCCCUUGUACAUUAGGACAGCUCUUUGGUUGCUCUAACUUUUAUGCCAGGACUAGCUCAGAAGCAGGAAAGUUCAUAAAAGAUAGCGAAGAGCCACCCUUGCCAAUAUCCGCCCCAGUAUAAGAACAUGCACAGUUGCAUCAGGCAUGGGCUUGAUACCGCCGAGAAUUGCACACACAUUUUUCAGCUCCUAAGGACAGCCCUGAAUUCCAAAAGCUACCAAUAUGCUGAGAAAUCUACAGUAGCUUCUGGGAAGUACCAUCCAGAGAAGGUGCAAAAUCGUAUAAUUUAAGGUCCAAUGUGGUUAUGCACAAGUUUAUUUGUACAAACAUAUUUUUCUGUUCAGGCCAUAAUUUACAUGCGAAACAUGAGGGUUCUUACCUGUGGGUGUAGACUGCGUUUAUUCCCAUUGACAAGAAAAUCAACCGCAAGUUAAAAGUUUAUUUUAAAAAAUAACCCAUUUUGAGUUUAUGUAAGUGCAACAAACAAACAGCACUCCAAAAGCAAUAUUAGAACAGUUUUUCACAGGUCAUUUUUAAUUAAAAAAUUAAUCAACUUUAGCUGAGUAGUCAUGAGAAAUAUCGUUAGUGAUAUGUUUUUUGUUUGUAGAAAGUUUCUAAGUGCAUAAGUCUUAUAGUGAAAGAACUAGUUGGUUCUCAACAACUAUACUAUCACCGCUGCUCACUGCUGUAAGUUAUAUAAUUUGAUUUUAUUUUGUAACUGGCCGACAAUGUAAUUUUUCUCAGGGUUAUUUUUACCCUUGUCUCCACAAGAUGGCUCCGUGAACAUUUCUUUGGGUAUCCUAUGAGAAAUAAAAUAAACUGUACUGGUAGGUCACUGAAAAUUAGAUGUAAUAUGUAAACUCUUGAAAAAGAAUACUUUAAGUCUAACUUUAAAGCUAGCCUGUAAUAAACAUAUAAUGGAUAAAUGACAUGACAAAAAAGCUAAUUUUAUUUGUAGUCUUCCAUGUCAUUUCCUUUGCCUUGGUUGGGACACUACUUAUUAAGUAUAGUACAAUUCAGUUAAACAUCAUUAAGACAUCAAAAUCAAAUGUUAAGAAAAGCAAAAUAUAGUAGUAUAAUUUGAAAGAGAAUGCUACAAGCAGUGAUUCAAAUGAACAAAACAAACCCCUGAGAAGGUGUCUUCAAAUAUCUUUGAGAGUGUGGACUGAAAUACCUAGUGGGAGCAACCCCACAGGGCACCAGAGCAAAAGUUUAUUUACUUGCUCCUUUGAGGGAUGCUCUUGGAAACUCUUAAAAGAAGGUUGCAUCAGCGUUCGGACACCCCAUGGCAAGAGUGAUGAAGUUUGUUUUUUUUUGUAUACAGCUAGAUUCCUCCUCCAUAUGGGCUUUAAAAAUAAAACCACAAAAUCAAAGGAGAGAAAUAAGACUGUGAUGUUCAUGAAUUAUUCUGAGAGCUGGUCAAAACUUGGAAUUUAACAAUUCUCAACCUAAUUUGGAAUUUGAAUUCUGACAUUUCAAAAUUUCCUUUUGUCCUAUAUUGGAAUGAAAAGUUUGAAAUUCACUGUGAAACAAAAUAUCUAAACAAUUUUGUUUUGGAAUUACUGAAAUGACCUUAUCAAAGGUUAAAGCACUUUGUUUCAGCUUUAUCCAUUAAUAGGUUCAUUUUCCCCCCUCAGAACUGUUUUCACAAUUAUACUGUAGCCCCUCAGUAAUAUAUUCUUCACUUUUUUCCUGUUCGUGAGUUUGUUGUGGAACAGCCAUUAAGAACUUAUUAGCUUGAUGUUUUCCAUUGCAAAGAUUCUUCCUGACAAAAGUAAAAAGACACGGUCCCCUCUCUUACAUGGGCUGAUUUUACUUUCUUACACUAAAAAACUGAUUGAUUCCUGAUACUAGAAGUAAUAUAGAUGUCUACAGUGCUACUCAUCUUGUCCUCACUCCUUCAUUUCUCAGUCAGGAGCUACCAUAAUUAAAGAAGUCACAAAGAAAACUUCACAAAUUCAUUGGUUUUGUGACUGAUUUUGACUCCAUUUAAAGAGAAUGAAAUUAAUAGUUUAAUGGUAUUUCUUCCUGAACUGCCCUAUCAUUUGUGUGAUGGAAUUGGAGCUGUUCUGUAAUAAUUUAUAAAUACUGUAUAUUGACCUGGCUCUUGGGAUUUUUACUGUAUGAAUAUAUUGUUUUUGUUUAAUAGGGGACUGUAGGGAAAAGCAAGAAGGAAAGGAAAGAGUGUCUCAAGAUAAUCCACUUGUGAGCAAACGUUUAAGAGUUAAGAGGCAAUUUCAGGACAGGAAAAUGCUGGGAAUGUAGAAGGUCAAAAGAACUAUGGCAGAUUUAAUAAGGGUCUCUUGAUCGAAGGUGUGAGGGGGGCAGUUGUUCAGAGCAACCAGGCUGACACAGGCGCCCAUUAGACUGAGUGUCUGAAGAAGUUAAGGCCUGCUUAAGUUACCAUCAGGCAAUGAUGUGCCCUUCACUCUAAAAGCUUUGUUCCUAUUUAUAAAUAAAUAAUAUUUUGUUUUUAAGAAGCCUGUCUACACACUGGGCAUCACUAGUCAUGGACUUCCAAAGGGAAGAACCUCAGGUUUCCAAACUCAGUUGGACUGCAGGGUGAGAACAGUUGACGUGCAGGGUACUGUAGCCCAGGUCCUGAUUUAAGUGUGGGAGAAUGAAUUGCAGAAUUCCACCCUAGGACAGAUAAAGGCGUGACAAAGUGCAGUGAAAGAGACCAAAAAAGAGGAGCAGCUAGACCUGUAACCAUGAGCAUCGGUAAAUUACUCCAUCAAGAAAUAUAUAUCAUGCUUCUCAUAAACUAUGACUAAUAUAAUACCGUCUGAACCAUUUGUCAUGCAUGACUGGAAAGUAAAUUGGUAAAACCCAUUCUCAUUCUUAGUAUCUUUGCAGAUGGAAGCAUAGAUAAAAGAAUGAAAAAUUCAUUAUGUUUUGGCUGGUUGUUUAAACUGUAUUUUAAAUUCUGGACACUGUAAUUAUUUAAUUUUUAAUAUUGGGUCUAAGGUCAGUCAGUGGUUUUGCAAAGCUGUUGUUCCAGGGAGUUCUUGUAGAAAACGCAUAUGUUUAGGGAUGUUUUGCCACAUAGGUUUAUUUUUUUCCUUCUGCCUCUUACCCCCCGCUCCCCAAAAAAAGCAAGAUCUUUAUAACUGUACAGGUAUCAGUAAUUUAACUGUUUUUUUUUUCAGCUGUGAAAAAAGUUGUUAUAUUCAUUGUCUUGGGACAGUGAUUAGCCAAAUUUAUGCAAAAGUCCAUAUGUUGCCUUGAAAAUGAUGGAAACCUAAAAUAAAGUUCUGCUUUUCAAAGACCCAUUUUAUACAGAAGGGAAAUAUUAAGUGCCUUUUUUAGAGUUAUAUAUGCUGUGUGAAUUUGGGAGGAAUAAACGUAGUACUAGCAAUUACUAGUUGUAAUUUAACAUGUCAUAUCUUAUGUAGGAACUGUUAUGGAAAGAUUCAACCAAGCCUUGCAUGCUGUUUUGUAGAGGUAGAUUCAAAACAUUAGCUCUUCUCGAGCAUCUUUGAAAAGUUUCCUUGGGUAAUUUUAUCAGCUUUUAUCUCCAAAAUGACUUAACCUGCAACUUCACCCUUGAUUUGUCCUACUACUUGUUAAUUAUCUUAGCUGAUGUGUUGAAUAUAACAAAAUGGCUUUUUACUUAAUCACGGCUUUUCACUUAGCCGUAAGUAUGUGUGGUGCAGGGGGAAAAAAAAAAGUCUACCAUUCUGUUGUUAGUGGAUAAUGCUGCAGAAAUGAGUUUUUAGGGUGGACUAAAUGAGAUGAUUAUGAAAGCAUCACAGAUAGAUUUAUAUUCUGAGCAUAAGGAGCAUGGAACAAGGCACAGAAAUGUUUGUGGUAAAGGGAGCAUAAAAGAAAGAGUUAUUGAGGCCAGCAUCUUUCAAAGUUACAGGGUGUCACACAAAAUCUCCACUCUGGGUACAGUAUACACAAACAACAUAGAUCUAUCUAUCUAUUACUUGCCUUGUGAAGUCCACAACCUUGUUGAGGCUCCUAAAACAUGCAUAGAAAUAUAGCCAUGUGUACUAUUAAAAUUAGAAUGUCUAAAAUUGAAAACAUUUUAUCCAUAAGUCCUUAAAUUACUAUUUCUACCAAUUCUGCAUAUUUACAAUAAAAUAAUAUGCUGAACAAGCACUAUCAAAUUGAUAUCAGUACUAUCUAUUGCCAUCACUCAAACGUAUACACUAAAAAAUAAAAUACUAUUCACAUAUUUAUGCUUUCAACAAUAUUUCUUAACAAAUCUUCUUCAUAUGGAAAAUAUAUUAAUACAGAAAAUAGAAAAAUGUUUAAAUACUCCUCUGAAGAAAUGUUCCAGCAAUUAAGUCUAUUGCCAAACAAACAAACACAAAAAAACCCUUUCCAGCUUGAAAGAGAAUGUUCAGAUAAGGUAGCAUGUAUAUUUGAAAGCGGUGAAGCAGCUAGAUAUAUUAAACAUUAAUUUCAUAAAUUUUAGAAAGUAUGGGGUUUUGUGUGUGUUUAUAUGAGCAUUUGCCAGAUUAGAUGGGGGGAUUCUCUUUCAGACUUAACUAUUUUUCUGAAAUGAUGAAUUCUGGAUUUUUGGUUUUUAUUUUGAAUUUUAGUUCAGUCAUUUUGAGUCACUUAUAGUGAACAUGUCCACUGUUUCCAGUGCUUGGCUAUGGAUUUCCCUUGCAAGUUGUACUUUUUUUUUUGUUAAUUUUGACCAUUGAUCUGGCUUUGGUGUAUUUACAAGGUGAAGCCACAACUGGUCCCAAAUUCCUUGUCUUCCCUUUCGUGGCAGUGCAAAUUAACUUUUUUGACAUAUUAGUGUUACCAUACAGUACACUAGACGGAAUUCUGUAGAAAAGUUAUCAAAAGUAUUGUGCUUCCUGUCUAUCAUAAUGUAUUUUUAGCAUGGCAGAUCCUUAAUUAAUCAAAGUAAAUAUUUUUUCUGAAUAUAUGCAAUGCCAAUGGGAAAUAUGAACAGGGAACAUAAGUAGCUGCACUAGGUUGCAAUCAAUACCAAGUAAGAGAGUAUCAAUCAUUGUUUAUUUAGAGAGUAUAUAGCCAGUUCAGUCUAAUUUGAGGCUGCAGUAACUUUUAAAGAAGAAAAACCUUCCACAGCUGUGGACAAUAACGCAAGGAAUAUUAAGUAAUAAACUCUUCACCCAACUUCAACUCUAUUUGAAUGACCAGAAAAGGUUGCAUGAACAGGUUGGCUGUGUAUUAAGCAGAUGUCCUUGGUAGAUUUGGGAAAGAAGCUUUUAGAAGCUGCACGAGCAGGUCAAGAUGAUGAAGUUCGCAUUUUGAUGGCAAAUGGAGCACCUUUUACCACAGACUGGUUGGGAACAUCACCACUUCAUCUAGCAGCACAGUACGGACACUAUUCAACAACAGAAGUGUUACUUCGAGCUGGUGUAAGUCGGGAUGCAAGAACCAAAGUGGACAGAACUCCAUUACAUAUGGCAGCAUCUGAAGGCCAUGCAAACAUAGUAGAAGUCUUACUUAAGCAUGGUGCUGAUGUUAAUGCAAAGGACAUGCUAAAGAUGACUGCUCUUCACUGGGCUACAGAACACAAUCACCAGGAGGUGGUGGAGCUCUUAAUAAAAUAUGGAGCAGACGUCCACACACAAAGUAAAUUCUGCAAAACUGCAUUAGAUAUUGCAAUAGACAAUGGGAAUGAAGAUGUAGCAGAAAUAUUACAGAUUGCAAUGCAGAACCAAAUCAAUACAAAUCCAGAGAGUCCUGACACUGUGACAAUACAUGCAGCCACACCACAGUUUAUCAUUGGACCUGGAGGCGUGGUGAACCUAACAGAUGAGACGGGAGUAUCUGCUGUACAAUUCGGAAAUUCAUCAACAUCAGUAUUAGCUACAUUAGCCGCUUUAGCAGAAGCGUCCGCUCCAUUGUCUAACUCUUCAGAAACACCAGUUGUGGCAACAGAAGAAGUAGUGACUGCAGAAUCUGUGGAUGGUGCAAUUCAGCAAGUUGUCAGUUCUGGAGGUCAACAAGUUAUUACUAUAGUUACAGAUGGCAUUCAGCUUAGUAAUCUCCAUUCAAUUCCAACCAGUGGAAUAGGUCAGCCAAUCAUUGUGACCAUGCCAGAUGGACAGCAAGUAUUAACAGUACCAGCAACAGACAUUGCUGAAGAAACUGUGAUCAGUGAAGAACCACCGAUCAAGAGGCAGUGCAUUGAGAUUGUUGAAAAUCGUGUGGAGUCUGCAGAAAUAGAAGAGAGAGAAACUCUACAGAAACAGCUGGAUGAGGCAAAUCGAGAAGCACAAAAGUAUCGACAGCAGCUUCUAAAGAAAGAGCAAGAAGCAGAAGCCUAUCGGCAGAAAUUAGAGGCAAUGACCCGUCUCCAGACUAAUAAAGAAGCUGUUUAAAUAUUGAAAUGGACAUAUUGUAAAGUCUGUUACUUUCAGUCAAGAAAACUGCAGUACAAUCUUGAACUGUACACUCUGUAGGUACAGAAAUGGGAUUACACAAUAGCAAAGAUGCUACAGGUUAAUAACUGGACUUAAGCCAUGAGCUCUGAUGAAUUUCUUGUAACAUAAAAGCUGAAUUUAGAAAUUGUGAAAAGUAUUUAAAAUGAAAUACUGUAAAUAGUUGUUUUUUUUACAGUUCCAAAGUGAGUUGAUAAAUCUUUUUGAAGGGAUCCAGAAACACAAGAAGCCAAUGUUUUUGUGAAAUUUUGGAUUUUAGUAUAAAUCUAAUUUCUGAAAAACAGAACAGUUUUAAGGGUGAUGUUGCAGAUUAAGAUUGACAGUUUGAAACUGAAUUAUGUGAAAAAAAUGAAUUAAUAGUUAUUCCUACUGGGAACAACUUAGACCUCUUUUUGAAUAAGACAUUUCCUGAUGGACAUCUUUGUACAACUUUAAGUAGUUGUCUUAGAUUUUCUGAAAACCCUUGUUUUAGAAAGUGAAAAUUUUAUAUUUAAUUUCCGAUAUAUCCAAGUAGAUUUACAUGUAUAUGAAGCUAAUAUUUUUUAAACUUUUCAGUUUGUACAUAUGCUGCAUGUUUUUAUAAUUUCUACACACAUCUUGCAUAGAUAUUUUUCAGCAAAGAUGAGGAAAAUUAUGAGAAAAAAUGUUUAGCCUAAAUGUCAUUUGAAGUAAGCUAGCUGCCAGUUUUAUUGUGAAUGGUAUAUUUCUUGGAAGAAUGUAAUUUGUAAAAAUAAAAAAAACCUUAAUUUACGUAAUACAGACAUUAUUUGAAAAUGUUGACAGUGGGGGGCAUUGAAACUUCACUUUUCUGUGUGUCUUAUAACUUUCAUGUGCAAACAUUUUUAAAGUACAGAAGUAUGAAAGACUGUCUCCACAGGAACCCACAUAGCAAUUCCUUUUAAAUAUUCUUAAAUUGUUUCACCAAUAAUCUUCAGAUUAUCUCAAGGACACAUUUUAUAAACAGACUUUUUGCAUUUAAAUUAUGCAGCUGGAUCUGAAAGUUUGAUAUUGUUUUGGUGCUCUUGUUACCUACCAUCAUUGUGCUUCACUGUGAUAAAUGUGUCUGUGCAGUGAUCUGUAUGAAUAUUUAGCAUUUAUAUAGUGCUUUACAUCUUCAAGUGUUGUAUAAUCAGUAAAGAAUUAAUCCUCACUAUGUCCCCUAUGGUAUGGACAUUAUUGUCCCCAUUUUACAAUUGGUAUAAGCGUGACACAGAGAGGUUAGGUGAUUUGCCCAGGGCCACAUAAGUCAGUGGCAGACACGGGAAUAGAACUCAGGAGUUCCUGGCUCCUAGUCCCGUCCUUAGGUCAUGCUGCCUUAAGACUGUUCGAUGCCGUGUUACAUUCAACUUUGAACUAUUGUGCGGAUUCCUUUUUUGUAAAACAUAACUUGUCUUUUUUCGUGCUUUGCUUUGUCUUUCCAUGUUUCACUGCUUUUAUGAUAUUGUUUAUAUAAACUUAAACAAAGUCUAGUUUACCUAUACUGUAUUCAAAGGCAUUGCCCUUAAAACUGUACUCUGGCCUACUUUUUCUAUUUUACAAUUAAAUAUCUUUUCCACAUA